CCACCAGCAGAGUGACAUCCGCUAUUGCUGCCUCUCUACUCCCCUGUUGUUCUCAGAACUUCUCUGGACCAAAGCCCUUUGACAGACCCCUUCCAGCCCCCAGCCCACCAUGGUCCCUCCAGGCAACAUCCUGUUCCUGCUUUUGCUCCCAGUGGCUGCAGCCCAGAUGACCUCAGGUUCCUGUUCCGGAUGUGGGCCCCUCUCCCUGCCGCUCCUGGCAGGCCUCGUGGCCGCAGAUGCAGUUGUGUCACUGCUAAUCGUUGUGGUGGUGUUUGUGUGUGCGCGCCUACGCAGCAGGCCCACCCAAGAAGAUGGCAAAAUCUACAUCAACAUGCCUGGCAGGGGCUGACUCCCCAGGAACUGCGACCUUUGGCUUCUGACUUUGUCAGCUUGGAUUGUGUAUGGCGGCCCAGGAAAUCCACCCCUCUUUUGGGCCAGAAUAAAGCAAUUGAAAUAC